GACUAGAGAGAACAAGACGCAGGGUUACAAGAUGGGCGGACGAUUACUACAUAUAAAGGUCUAUCACCAAGAAGCAAUGAGUCAAAUCUCAAUAUCGAAGCAUCAUCCCUCCAUCAAUAAUAAAAUCCGCAUUCCUAAUCGACAUCCCGCAAUCUACCAAUCGCCCUUUGGUCGAUGACGGCAUAAGCUGGCCAGGCUGAAAAAGCGCAAGUCCGCAUCUAACCGAGCCAGAGGGUAUAUAGAUACCUCUAGAGCUGGACUGGUUUUUCCCUAUUAUUCCUUCAAAUUUCAUCAUCAAACUUGGUUAUCUCUGGUUGAACCUGAGCUUGAAGGACCAUUUGUAUAGCUUUGCGGGGAAUACUUGGUUCGGUUGGGCGCGGUUAUCCUCGGUCCUCGGACAUCAUCAUACAGAAACAGCCAUGUUGCUUCGACCGCUCGUGGAAAACUUUUCAGUAGAAAGGGGGAUUGGCGGCAUUGUCCUGUUUUUAGGAGUCUCUUUCGCAUACACCCUCUACAACCGUUUCUUGCACCCUCUCCGACAGAUUCCGGGCCCAUUCCUUGCUUCUAUCACACCCUGGGUUCAGCUGUAUCAUGGGCUGAAGGGUAAUCGACAUCUAUGGCUACACGCCUGUCAUGCCAAGUAUGGCUCGCACGUUCGUGUAGCCCCUAACUUCGUCUCGGUCAAUACCGAUCAAGGCCUGCAUGACAUCUAUGGACACGGAAAGAGACUCAAAAAGGCGGAUUUCUACAACGCCUUUCCUGCCAUCAAGGGCGUAUACAACACGCACAAUGUGAUUGACAAGACGGUGCAUGGGCGCAAGAGACGAGUGCUGAGCCAGGCGUUUUCGGAUCAUGCGCUCAAGGCAAUGGAGGAUGUAAUGCUCUUGCAUGUGCGACAGCUUUGUGCAGUUUUGGGUGGCGAAGAUGGUAUGAAGGGGAACGAAAAGACGAGCAACGUGGUUCGCAAUAUGGGAAACUGGUUUGGAUAUCUUACGUACGACGUCAUGGGAGAGUUGUGCUUUGGGAAGAGCUUUGAUAUGUUGAUCUCGCCUGGAAACCAGAAGAUGGUCGGCUUGGUGGAUCGAGCUGCUAAUCGGCAUUACGUGUGCGGACUAUGGAUGCCGCUGGAUAGCUGGCAUUUGGACCAAAUCUUGAUCAGAACUUUGACCAACGACCGGUGGAACUUCAUCAUGAACUCACGAGUGGAAGCCAGCAAGCGGGCCAAGGAGCGUGCUGAGGCCGGCCACGACUCUAAAAAGGACUUUUUCUACUACCUGCUCAACGCAAAGGACCCCGAGACUGGCAGAGGACUCACCACUCCCGAGCUUUGGGGCGAGGCCAACGUCUUGAUGAUUGCAGGUAGUGACACAACGUCGACAUCCCUUGCAGCGACUAUUUUCUACCUCGUCCGCACACCGCGGGCCAUGGAACAACUGAAAAAGGAAAUCCGCGAGGCCUUUGAAUCGGUCGAGGAUAUUAUUAGCGGACCCAAAUUGAAUGAGCUGGUUUAUAUCAAAGCAUGCAUCGAUGAAGCAAUGCGUCUGUGUCCUGCAGUGCCUGGGGCACCACCGCGUGAGGUUAUGGAAGGCGGCGCCAUGGUCGAUGGCGUGUACCUACCUGCGGGAACCGACUGCGGCACACCGACAUACUCGAUUCAUCGCCAGGAAGAGUACUACCGGGCACCUGGCGCAUUUCUCCCAGAGCGCUGGAUCGAAGGCGCAACGUGCCAGACAGCCACAGGAUCAUGGCAGGUCAGCAAAGAGGAAAUCGAACAAGCACGGAGAGCGUUCUGCCCGUUCAGCAUCGGCCCUCGCGGUUGUAUUGGAAAGAGCAUGGCGUUCAUGGAGAUGCGACUGACAAUAGCGCGGGUGCUGUUUCUGUUCGAUAUUGAGCUGGCAGAUCGGACGGGAGAAGAUGAAGAGGGACAUUUCGCAUUGGUGGAUCAUUUUACCAGCGCAAAGGAUGGUCCGAAUGUAACUUUCAAAAAGAGAGAGAGUUUACUAGUCUAGUUUUUUGCUGUUUGUACAUGAAUCAUGAAUCUAUUUUUAUUCUGUCUGUCAUCCUUAUGUACCGUCGGGUGCGACGUUCUCAAUAUCUCAACCAUGAGUAUGGGGCAAUUAAGAUAUCAAACAUGGUCAAAGGAAACAAAGAAUCCAUUCGAAAAUCCGUAAGAUUAAGAUAAUCAAUCACUGUUGAUCUGCGGAGAAAACAAUGCAAAAC